AGCUGCGUGUUUCUGCUCUGCUUCUCCUUCCUCCCCCGACCCUCUGCACCCGACGAUCCCCCGUUACCGCCACCCAUUUCCGGCCGGAAAUCCGGCGAAGCUUGGGGAUUUUCUCCUUCUUCUCUUGUUCUUGAACCCAGAAAUUCUCCCCCCCCUGCUGGAAAAUCCGGAUCUGCUUUGCUUUGUCCGCCGGCUGCUCUUAUUGUAGGGGCGAAUUCUGGGCAUUUUUGGAUUUCCCGUGAGCUUCCCCUGCACUGCCGCCGGCUUCUCCCCUUGCCAAGUCCGGUUCUGCAGCUAGAAAUUCUGGGUUUGAUCGUUCUUUCACCGUAGCACUUGGGUUAGCCUUCUGUUCUGUGCGAGUAAGGAAGCGAAAUCGAGGAUGAGGAAACCGAGGGGAGUGACGAGUUAGAAGGCUAGUCAUUUUGUUAAGUGAAUAUAAAUUUGAGAUAUAGAUCACGAUCUUGUAAACUAAAGUUUAAUCGGAGAUUUUAUACAUUCAUUUAACGGAUUGGAAAAGAAGCGAAAGAAAAAGAGAGAAGAGGGAAAAAGACGCCGUACCAGCGGCGGCAGCCCCAACGAUAUCUCCCUCAGAGUCCUUUACAUUUAAAACUAGCCUGGUUCUGUAGUUACCAUGGUUGGAAUAAAAGUCAGAGAUGGCCAUGUUGAUGCAACUCAAGCCUAACUUCCCAACCCACGUAUCCAGAUCAAGAACCACUCCCACAUUCACCGGAAUCGUGGCGGAGGCCAUAGUAUUUUCAGCCACCGCAGCCUCCACCAAGAACAAGCUGCAAAAAAGAACAAAGAAAAGCCAGGAAAUACAGAACAAGAGUUUGGUAGGAAUCAGCUCCAUUUUUUUUCCUUCCGAAUGCAUGGUACUCAGGCAGCUGGAAGUGGUAUUUUUUAUGGUUGGUGAUGGUUGGGUUGUACUCUGACAGUCUGACUUAUAAAGGUUGGAGACUCCUUCUUGGAAAAAAUAUAAUAAAUAAUCACUACUGUGGAGACCAAUGGCCCUUAUUUUUGUAAUUAUAUAAUCAUUAUGUAUGGACGAAUCGCGUUGGAUAUGAUGCACAACACUGUGGGAAGAAUUUCUCAGUAGGUUCGCUUAAAAUUUGGGUUAAAGCCAACUAUAGUCUCUCUACUUUCAAUUUUGGUUCAUUCUCCUCCCUAUACUUAGAAAUUAUUCAAAGGCCACCUCUACUCUCCCAAACCAUACUACCAUUCUCCUCCUACUUUUUUUUUUCAUUACAUUCACCUCCCUCACCUAAUGUUGUUUAUAAUACUGUUUAUAACCGAGUAAUUAUCUAUCGUUAAGUGCAAUAAUUUAUUUUUUCUUUUGUUGAAUUCUUGUCAUGAGCCCUAUAAAAUGCCAUGUCAGCAACACAGAUCGUUAAUAACAAUAACUAGAUCAACAAGAUGUGGGUGCCAAAUCAUGGAUUCUUUCUAUUUAAUGCUACACUCAUCGCCAUCUUUACUUACAGUGACUGAAACGCUAUUAAAAACAAGAUCAACUCUACUUCAGUGUCUUGAUUAACCAUUUAUCUCCUCAUUUCAAUUUUUUGUUUUUUGAACAUAUCUUCUUAUUUCAUUUGAGUUUUUCUCACCGAAGAUAGAUACAUCAACAAAUCUAUACUU